CCUCUCUGCUCCCAACCCCCCUCCUUGUGGCUGGAAGCAGAGAGAGUUCAAAUCCAUGAAACUUGCCAUGAACUGAAAUGUGAGCCUGCCCAGGCAGCUCUGAGGAUUAACAGCUCCCAGCACCACACCCCACAUCGCCAGACUUGUAUAAAUGGACUGAGCCUCCUCCGGCAUCGGGACUGGGACUCGUGCAUUCUGGGCACUUUGCCCCCUCCAGGCGCAGUGGGUUUGGUGGGAUCUGAGCAGGCGAGCUGGUCUGGGAUGGUGAAGAACACAUCCAUGCGCUGGCGGCUGCCGCUUGUCUGCCUCCUCUGGGAGGUCGCCAUGAUCGUCCUCUUUGGGGUCUUUGUGCGCUUUGACCCCGAAGCUGAUGCACAUUGGAAGGAGGAGCAGCACCAGAAGAACCUCACCAGUGACAUAGAAAACGAUUUCUACUUCAGGUAUCCAUCUUUCCAGGAUGUCCAUGUAAUGAUCUUCGUGGGUUUUGGUUUCCUGAUGACAUUCCUCCAGCGCUAUGGCUUUGGAGCUGUUGGCUUCAACUUCCUCCUUGCUGCCUUUGGGAUCCAGUGGGCUAUCCUGAUGCAGGGCUGGUUCCAUUCUUUUGAGAACGGAAAGAUACUCAUUGGAGUGGAAAACCUGAUCAAUGCGGAUUUCUGCGUGGGUUCUGUCUGCAUCGCCUUUGGAGCCAUCCUGGGCAAAACCAGCCCCGUGCAGCUGCUCAUCCUGACGUUGUUUCAAGUCACACUCUUUGCUGUGAACGAGUACAUCCUCAUUAGCCUGCUCCAUGUUAAAGAUGCUGGUGGAUCCAUGACCAUUCACACCUUUGGAGCCUACUUUGGCCUGACAGUGACCACAAUUCUGUACCGGCCCAACCUGGAACAGAGCAAAGACAAGCAAGGUUCUGUGUACCACUCUGACCUCUUUGCUAUGAUCGGUACCCUGUACCUGUGGCUGUACUGGCCCAGCUUUAACUCGGCUAUUUCAAACCAUGGGGACGCGCAGCACCGAGCCGCCAUUAACACUUACUGCUCAUUGGCCUCCUGUGUGCUCACCACCGUGGCCUUCUCCAGCCUGCUGCAGAAGAAAGGAAAGCUGGACAUGGUUCAUAUCCAGAAUGCAACGCUGGCCGGUGGCGUGGCUGUGGGGUCUGGCGCGGAGAUGAUGCUGACUCCAUACGGAUCCCUUAUCGUCGGAUUCCUCUGUGGCAUCGUGUCCACCGUUGGGUUCAUCUACUUCAUGCCAUUCCUGGAGUCCAAGCUGCAUAUUCAGGAUACCUGUGGCAUCCACAACCUACAUGCUAUGCCAGGACUUAUUGGGGGCAUUGUGGGGGCUGUCACUGCAGCCGCAGCCACUGAAGAGGUGUAUGGAAAGGAAGGGCUCAUCAGUGCCUUUGACUUCACAGGUGACUACAAGGAUCGGACACCCAGUAUCCAAGGGGGAUUCCAGGCAGCUGGCAUUUGUGUGUCCCUGGCUAUGGCCUUAGCUGGGGGGACCAUUGUGGGUGGUAUUUUGAAAGUGCCGUUCCUGGGGGACCCAGCUGAUGAGAACUGCUUCGCGGAUGAUGUCUACUGGGAGGUGCCUGAGGACUCAGAGAGCAGCCUGUACCACAUGCAUGACCCCACUCCCAAACCUGCUGUGACUUCCUAACCCAGCUGGGUUGCAUUUGGACUCCUUUCCAUCUCUACCUCUCCAGAGAAGCGACUGGUGUAUUUCUUGAAAAGGAGGUGCCCUGGGCCAAUUCCCAUCUGGACACAGACUCUUUGAGAGCUUUCAAAGGCCCCAUUGUCUUUCCCAUGUUCCCCUCCUUGGUGGGAUAGCCUGAAAGAGGCCCAGUUUACACGAAGCAACGCUUUGGAGAAUAGCCAGUGAAGCCAUAGUGUCUGUGCUUACCUGAGAGCGUAGGGCCAGAGGUUUGAAACAGAUGCUGGGGCAUCUCAUAGGACUGCCACAGGGCAGAAGCUUAGCACCUAGGGAGAGGGGUUUUGCCAGGAGCUUGUUGGGUGGGAUCUCUCAGGUUUCAGGUUCCCCCAGUUUAAUCCCAGAACAGCAGCUGGUGCCGUGGCUGAGCCCAGAGAUAACUGGGCCCCACCACACUUUGGAUAGUGGGGACUGUGAAGUGGGAAGGGUCCGGUUCGGGGAUUAGAGACGCCUGUCCUUGCAGCUGGGAGGCGCUGUUACACUGAGAGAAGAUAAUCCUACUUGGCAGGGAUCCAGCACUUUGCAAAUUAAGCCUCCCCAUGCCCCUGUGAGGUAGAGAAGCAUCAAUACUCCCAUUUGGCAAAGGGGGAGCAAUGGGCCCAAGGAAAGAAAGUGACUUGCUUAGGGGCCCCCAAACGCCUGGGUUCCAAUCCCCUUUCUCAGUUCCUUCGCCACGCUGACUCUAAUCGAGUGUUUGCUUUCUUCCCCUGAGGGCGGGGACCCUGACUGACCUUCUCUGUCCCUCCCUCCUCUUUGUGGGUAGCUCUUACUCCUGGGAUGUGUGAAUAAAAAACACCGUGUUGUUCUGUCCAGCAC